AAUAGACGCUCCGACAUAUUCUUUAGUGGUCAAAGAAAUAAGUUGGGUUUUAAUUUCGGCGCGCUAUUUGACGGAAUACAACGAAAGCCAGCCACCACAAAUCUCUUGGCUGAGAAAUACAGAAGAAAUUCCAUUAUUUACAUAGGAGGGGAAAGACAGAGUGUGUGUGUGUGUGUGAGAGAGAGGAGAUCGCCACGCUCUCCCUCGGUCUCUCCGUCGCAUUUUCUAUUUCUCCAUUUUCUCUCUUCCGAUUCAUUCACAAAUUCCAUUUGUUAAAAAAGCUGUCCAAGUUAACUGGAAGAGAGAAUUUGGGCGGCGGUGUUUCUUCAGCGAUCUCUUCUCUAAUAGAAAUGUCGGCCAUUUCGAAUUUCACGGCGUGCCGGCGUUUCGAAAAUGGAGCUGCAUUAACAAAAGACUCACCUGGGCUUGGUUUGAUUCAUAAGAAAGUGAAUAUUUCUAGACCAUUUCAGAAGGUGUCUCUUGUUCAUUCAAAAAGGAUGUUUAAAGGUUCAAAUAUAAGAAUGACAUUGGUUGAUGAGAGACUUUCCAGUGGGAAGGUUGUUGUGCCAUCUGAAGUAUUGGCAUAUGAGCUCGUCCAAGGAGCAAAAGUAAGAUGGAGUUAUAUCAUGGAGGGAUCUUUGCCUGAACCACCAACUGCUGUUCUCUUGCAUGGUAUUCUUGGCAGCAGGAAAAACUGGGGAAGCUUUGCAAGGAGAUUGGCCCAAGAAUUUCCGAAAUGGCAGUUUCUCCUAGUGGACUUGCGGUGCCAUGGUGAUUCAGCAUCUCUUAAGAAGAGGGGCCCACAUACUGUUGCAUCAGCUGCUCUUGAUGUCUUAAAGCUGCUUGGCCAGCUCAGAUUGACUCCCCGAGUUGUAGUUGGUCACAGCUUUGGAGGAAAAGUUGCAUUGAGUAUGGUUGAGCAGGUUGCAAAACCCCUUGCACGUCCAGUUAGAGUCUGGGUUUUAGAUGCUACUCCAGGAGAGGUUCGAGCUGGUGCAGAUGGAGAUGAUCAUCCAGCUGAAUUGAUAUCAUUUCUGAGUAAAUUACCAAAAGAGGUCUCUUCAAAACGAGAUAUCGUGGAGGCUCUUAUACUAGAAGGUUUUUCCAGGGAUGUUGCACAGUGGGUGGUAACUAACCUUCGUCAAAUCAACUCUGCUGGUUCACCCCCUUCACAUUUGUCAUGGGUAUUUGAUCUCAAGGGUAUUGCUGAGAUGUAUCAAUCAUACGAAGAUACAAAUAUGUGGAAAAUUGUGGAAGAUGUUCCUCGGGGUGUGCAUGUUAAUUUUUUGAAAGCAGAAAGAAGUCUUCAUAGGUGGGCCCUUGAGGAUAUCAGAAGAAUCCAUGUUGCUGAGGAACAAGCUGUAGAGGAGGGAGGUGGAGUUGAAAUGCAUGUCCUUGAAGAUGCAGGUCAUUGGGUACAUGCCGAUAACCCAGAUGGGCUGUUCAAGAUCCUUUCAUUUUCCUUCCAAGGAUUUUAGGCUGAAGGACUUCUAACAUUGGUCAUAUGGCCGGGGAAAUCUGUUGUGAACCCCUUGUGUACCUAUAGAUUGCAGAAAGGUCCAAUUUUUUGUAGCAUAGUGUAUAUCAUCUCAUUCAUUGUGCUUGCUCGUUUUAGAACGUGAGAUGUAGCGAGGCAAUAUUCACCUUUGAAUCUGAAUAUACGAUACAUUAUUGUGCAAAGAAUCUCGUUACCAGUCAGCUCGUACUGUAAUUUCCCCAAAAAAUGUAAGAGAAAUUAUCUUUCUUUUCAAGGAAAAAUGAUUGUACCAAGUUACAUCAGA